CAGCGCCCCCGUUGAGCAUCACCAUACAGUACGAUACCGUGACAGACCGACUGCAGUCAGUCCAGCAACUGGGACAGCAGUGUGUCGUUCUUAAACUUCCAUUGAAGACAGAAAAACAGCUGUUUGUGUGUGUUUUGACGUGACGUGAUGAGCGGCAGGGUUGGCGACCUCAGCCCGAAGCAGGCAGGGGCAUUGGAAGAGUUUCGAGAGAGGAUUCAGGACGUUCUUCCACUACUUCCUGCUCAUCAUGACCACUUCCUGUUGCGCUGGCUCAGAGCCAGGAACUUCAAUGUCAACAAAUCAGAGGCCAUGCUGAGAAAGCACCUUGACUUCAGGAAACACAUGAACGCAGACACAAUCACCACAGAAUGGCAGCCUCCAGAGGUGAUAGAGAAGUACCUGUCAGGUGGGAUGUGUGGGUACGACCGUGAGGGGAGCCCCAUCUGGUGGGAUGUCAUCGGCCCCGUGGACCCCAAGGGCCUCUUCCUGUCAGCGUCUAAACAGGACUUCAUCAAGUCUAAGAUCAGAGACUGUGAGAUUCUGCAGAAGGAGUGUGAGCUGCAGUCUGAGAGGUUGGGGAGACAUGUUGAAGCCAUCACUAUGAUCUAUGACUGUGAUGGUCUGGGUCUCAAACAUUUAUGGAAGCCUGCCAUCGAGACUUACGGAGAGAUCCUGACCAUGUUUGAAGACAAUUACCCAGAGGGCCUCAAGAGACUGUUUGUCAUCAAAGCCCCUAAGCUCUUCCCUGUGGCUUACAACCUCAUCAAGCACUUCCUGAGUGAGAUCACCCGCAACAAGAUCAUCAUCCUGGGGGCUAACUGGCAGGAGGUGUUGUUGAACUACAUAGACCCAGAGCAGCUUCCUGCUGCGUACGGAGGGAAACUCACCGACCCUGACGGGGACCCUCGCUGUAGGAACAAGAUCCACUACGCAGGGCCGGUACCUGCUUCCUACUUCGUGAGGGAGUCCGUGAAGGUGGAUUAUGAACAGUGUCUGACAGUCAGCCGAGGCUCCUCACAGCAACUGGAGUAUGAGAUACUCUUCCCUGGCUGUGUGCUCCGGUGGCAGUUUUCCAGUGAUGGGGCAGACAUCGGCUUUGGGGUGUUUAUGAAGGGUAAGAUGGGGCAGAGGCAGAACGCAUCGCAGAUGCAGGAGGUGGUUCCCAGCCAGAGAUACAAUACCCACCUGGUGCCUGAGGACGGCUCUCUCACCUGCAGCGAGCCUGGAAUCUAUGUGCUGCGGUUUGACAACACCUACAGUAUCUUCCAGUCCAAGCGCAUUAGCUUUACGGUCGAGGUCCUGCUCCCCGGCCAAUCGCAAUCUCUGAAGAAAAUGAUUGGGAUGGAAUCUGGGGCCAGCAACCAAUCACAGUCCCUGAAGAACAGGAGUCUGUCAGAAUCUGGGGCUAGCAGCCAAUCACAGUCUCUGAAAAAUAGGGGUGGGUCAGAAAGGUGGGCUAGCAGCCAAUCACAGUCUCUGAAAAACAGAGGUGGGUCAGAAAGUGGGGCUAGCAGCCAAUCGCAGUCUCUGAAGAACAGGGGUGGGCCGGAAUCUGGGGCCAGCAGCCAAUCGUGACAGACGUUACUGAGUUGCUAAUCUCUUGUGGACAGAUGAAACGGGCGAGAAUCUGUCAAGGCUCACGUAGACUUAUGUGAUUACAAGCAGAAGUAGCUCCUCGUUUUAGGGUUACGUCAUUGAUUAUUUGGACAAAUCAGGAUUGGGUGAAGGCGGGGCUUAAACUGGUGCCGUGAUUUUCAAGCCUUGUGUGCAGAUGAUAAACGGUUUCCACUAGAUUCCACAGCCACAAAGUCAGCAUCUAUUUUUCGUUUUUUUUUGCCAUGAUAAACACUGGUGAAAUUAGGUUUGGCUGAGAGUUUCCGUUUGGGAAGGAGGAGACUUCGUUUCCUUUGCACAUAAUUAAUCAGAAUUGUUAACGGCAAUCCCCCCCAGAAGUAAAACAGGAUAUUAGAUCAUUUUACUUCUAAGUAACCGAGAUUACUGAGUUGCUAGCCUGUCCUAGAUUAUAGUGUGUCCAAAAUGCCACCCUAUUCCAUAUAUAGUGCACUUUGGGACACAAGCCUGAGUCUUACCCCCCCAACCAUGGUCAGUGAAAACUUGAAAGCACUGAAACAGACCCCACUGGUCCGCACUGAGGGAUUUCAUCUGACCAUGGACCGUUCCAUAUGCUGCUCAAACAAACAAAUGUAUGUAGCUCUGAUCCAGGGGGUUACAUGUGGCUUGCUGAUGCUGAGACUUCAACAUCGGCAAGCUGCACGUAACGCCCUGGAACAGAGCUAGGACGUACACUGAAGAGAAACCAAGAGUUCCACAACUCAGGGUCCCUAGAAUGUAGAUGUAUUCAAACACAAAUGUCAAUAACAACUGGCUUACUUGAACAGUAUGUUUAUGGAAUAAAUAUUUUAUCUCAUAGCCCGGGGAUAUCUACGAUAGAUGAAUGUCAUUGUUAUUGUUCAGGGCGUAUUAUUUUGCAGUGCUGAACAGGGCACAUAGCCACAGAGCAGGGCGUAUUAUUUUGCAGUGCUGAACAGGGCACAUAGCCACAGAGCAGGGCGUAUUAUUUUGCAGUGCUGAACAGGGCACAUAGCCACAGAGCAGGGCGUAUUAUUUUGCAGUGCUGAACAGGGCACAUAGCCACAGAGCAGGGCGUAUUAUUUUGCAGUGCUGAACAGGGCACAUAGCCACAGAGCAGGGCGUAUUAUUUUGCAGUGCUGAACAGGGCACAUAGCCACAGAGCAGGGCAUAUUAUUUUGCAGUGCUGAACAGGGCACAUAGCCACAGAGCAGGGC